AUGUUACAACUUUCCACUCUGAAACGUAUGCUUGUGACUUUCUUAGAAGAAUUUAAGCGGGCGAGACAAUCUUGGAAUGAUCUCAAUGAUGAGGGUUUUACUCUAGCAAACACAUUAGUCAAUACAAAAUUGCAAGAACGGAUUACAAACAAUCCAUCGGAUUGCUCACCAGAGUCAAAUGAUUUCAUAUGCUUAAAUGAUGAUCAUAAUAUUCUUGAUGACAAAGUUGCCAUCUUGAAAGAAUCGCUUCAACAAAUCGUCGAAAAAAUGGCAAAACAACUUACAAAAAUGAAAAUGCAAAUUCUUCAAAUGGAAUUUCUUCUUGAAGAAGCAUGUGAAAGCAUGGGUGAAGAAUUUGUUUACAAUAAUCUAUUAUAUUUAUCAUGUUCAUUAGAAACAUUUGGCAAGUUUAUUUUUAAUUAUCAAAUUGGUUUUCUUAUAUUAAAUAUACUGUAA